GGUUAAAAUUUUCAAGAUGGCUUCUGUCGGACCAAGACUGGGAAGGGAACUGUCUUUCACGGGUAGGAUUUGGAAAGCUUUCCAUGAAUGGUACAUCUAUGCCUGUGGUUACAGACAACUUGGUCUUCGCAGGGGUGACUUGCUGAAUGAGGAUGAUCCGGAUGUGAAAGAAGCUGUAAAACGUCUAUCCCCCGAAGACUUCAACUUGAGACAAUUCCGUAUUAAGAGAGCUCUUGAUUUGACAAUGAAACAUUCCAUUUUACCCAAAGAGCACUGGACAACAAGUGAAGAGGACACAAUGUAUAUUCAACCUCUCAUUGACCAGGUCAAGAAGGAGCGGAUUGAAAGACAAAUGUGGGACCACAAGUGAGCACCAUCAGUGUAUUUGUCUGCAACCGUGAAUGAAUUGUUAAUUCUUGCACAAAUUGCUUCAGCUUUGGAAAUUUUGUAGCUUUUUUGUGUUCAAUUUACAUUGUAACUUGCAAGGGAAAUGUGAAGAAGAUUGUUAUGAUUUGAUUUACAUUAUCUGUAAUAAAGAAUGAAAACCACUGUUUAUAUCA